UUCUCCCAGCAGCACCUCGUCCUCCUGUGUGGUCACCGCGCCUGGAUCAGCCGGGAUCUGUUUCCUGCGUUUUCAGCGUCUCGUUGUUGGGCUGAAAGUCAGAGAGAGAACCCGCGGACCCGGAGAGGAAAUACACCCGGGAACAUUUGUGGAUUUUAUAGAAUCUGUGGAGCAGAGAGCCGCGCCUCAAGUGAUGGAGAAUUAAAAGAAAGAAACUGUGAGAAAACCAAAAAGUUUUGUCUCACGCGUCUCCAGCGAUGGAGCGAAGUUCAGGUCGUGAAAGUUAGAGAAGAAAUGUGAAGAGGGACCAGUCUCUGCUGCUCGCUCGUGCAGACCGGAUGUGUGUGUAUGUGUGUGUGUGUUGAUGUGUGUGGAUGUAAAAACGCCGCUGUGAGUUGAGACUUCUCCACCUCUCCCCGCUGAAACUCGACACCUCCUGCCCCUCAACCUCUGCCCGCGAACCGGGGCGCCCCGAGCCGGAGGAGAGAGCCGCGAUGGGACGAUCCGGAUCCUUAAUGUGAUGGGCUGUUGAUGGAGAGGAUUUCGAAUGUCAGCCGGGACAGUGGUCAUCGCAGGAGGAAUUCUGGCUACAGUCAUCUUACUGACCAUCGUCGCUGUACUGUGUUUAUGUAGGUUGCAGUAUUACUGCUGUAAGAGGGAGGAGUCUGAGAAGGGGGAAGAGGAGGAACCAGAGCUUGCCACCAUGUCGCCGUCCCGCCCCCUGGCUCUGUCCGCUCCUCCGACGCCUCCGACGCCGGAGCACUACAGCGACGAGCCCGAGGCCUACCCCCCCACCUUCCUCACUGAGGCCAACGGGCCCGCCAGCUUCUCCCCCACCCCUCCGCCACGCAGGUGCCAGCGCUCGCAUGCCUUCUGCCCGUCCUGCACCCGCUGUUCACUGCCCUUCUACCUGCAGCACCCGGAGAGGCUGUGCAACGGCGGGCGCAGGAUCAGCUACAGGACUGUGCAGCAGCAGGACCUGGAACUGCCCAUGGACCUGGCCAGCUUCUACCAGAAGCUCAACCUCAUCCGCUCGGUCACCAUGAGGGAGGUGGUCACCCACAGCGUCAGCACCGACGUCUAGGAGCGGGCGGGAUGGAGGCGGCGCCGUCCCACCGGAAAGGCUGAUGCAACCAAACUGCUCUGAGUCGGUACCAAUGACUGUGUAUAAAGAUGGACGCCAUGACAGCUCCGCAAGAGUGAAGCCAAAAUAUCUCCCGUCGCCCCCUGGUGGCUGGCAGCAGUACAGAUCAUAAACCCCGCCCCCUCCACGUUAGCGGACGUUUUUCCCAAAGAUGGUUAGUUCUUAUCACCCUGAUGUUCAAGUGUUUAUUUUUCUGAUAAGUUUGAUUUUUAUCAAUUAUUUGAGGCUAUAAAACGGGAGUGCGACGCCAUGAUUGACAGCUGUGACUGACUCCAAACGAUGCCUCCUGCACAAGAUGGCAGCUCGGCGAUAUUUUGGCUUCGUUUUUUGUGCGGCGGGAGGAAGUAGAGAACGCGGCGUCCAUCUUUACACACAGUCAUUGGUCUGAACUGUCUGCAGACGCACUAACUUAACCAGUUAUACAAGUAUUGUGCUGAUUAAUGUCAACACUGAGGGCUUUUACGUGACAGCCAUGUUGGAGGUCUACAUCUCUGAAGACACUGCGAACACAAACUGUUUCUGAGAGACUUGACCGGACUCAUUUUUGUCAACUAAUCAUUUCGACCAGUACGUCUGAUUUUGUGUUUUAGCUAGUUAAGUAACUACUAACCAAACGUGUGUCAAAGUAUAAACAAGUACAAGUACAAAUUUGAGCUUUUGUCAGUAAGUUUAUCACAGAUUUUUUGUUUUUGUUUGAAUGCACCGCACAUGAGACAGAAAUGGACGUAAAAAUCUUAAACAAGGUCAAAUGUAAACAGGACCUUUCCUAAAGGAGGCUGGACGCUAGUUAGCCAGCUAGCUAGUCUGGUAUUAGCCUCAGUUAUACUCCCUUACAGACACGCACACGGACAACAGACACCUUGGACAUGUCAUGUUAGUCUUGGUAACUCCUGGACGUUGGUUCCCCUGUAGCGUAUCGGAGGACACACAGACGUCCGCACAGCGCCGCGAAAUGUACGUCACUCGGACUCUCCCGGACGCCAAGUAUGAGACGAGCCUUAUUGUCAACGAAUCCCACGUGCGGACCAAAACCAAAACGUAUUGUGUGUGUACCCAAACCCUGAUGUAUGUUAUUCCUCUGUGCCAUAGAGCUCCAUUGUUGUCCAGAAGCUAAUAAAACACAUCAAUGAGCCACA